AAAAAGGGGGGGGGGUCACAACAAAUAACAAUUUCUACUCUAAACCCCUCUUCGCUCUCUGUCUUUUCUUUCAGUUCUAAAACCCUAAUACUGAAAAUUCGCUAAAAACAAUGGCGGAGCCGAGUCAACUCAGUCAGUACAUUGAAUCGUUUGUUGAUUCGUCUCGUUCUCCGACUCAGCAGGCUGCAAGUUUGGAGGCCAUUGCUUCAUUGUUGAAGAAUAAUCAGUUAACAAUUGAAACACUGGUUAGAGAGAUGGAAGGAUAUUUGACCACCGUGGACAACAUUAUUCGUGCAAGAGGCAUCCUCCUUCUUGGAGAAGUUCUUGUGCGCCUUGCAACAAAGCCAUUGGAUGAUGCUACUAUUCGUAGCUUGAUAGGAUUUUUCACGGACAGAUUGGCAGACUGGAGAGCUUUACGGGGAGCGCUUGUUGGCUGUUUGGCCCUGAUGAGAAGGAAAAGCAGUGGUGGUAUGGUCAGUGGAAGUGAUGCAAAAGCAGUUGCAGAGUCCUAUUUACAGAACCUACAAGUACAGUCUCUUGGCCAAUAUGAACGGAAGCUUAGCUUUGAACUUAUGGAAUGCCUGCUAGAACGCUACCCCAAUGCUGUUGCUUCACUUGGUGAUACCCUUAUAUAUGGAAUCUGUGAAUCUGUUGACGGAGAAAAGGAUCCUCACUGUUUGAUGUUAACAUUUCACAUUAUUGAGGUUCUAUCGCGACUAUUCCCUGAUCCAUCUGAUGCCCUUGCUGGAUUUGCUCACGAACUUUUUGAGAUUUUGGGCUGUUAUUUUCCCAUUCAUUUCACUCAUCAAAAAGAUGAAGAUAUGACUAUCAAAAGGGAUGAUCUCGCAAGAGCAUUGAUGCUAGCAUUUUCAUCCACACCACUUUUUGAGCCAUAUGCCAUUCCAUUACUACUUGAAAAGCUUUCAUCUUCACUUCCAUCAGCAAAGCUUGAUUCUUUGAGGUAUCUAACUGAUUGCACAAUGAAGUAUGGAGCAGACAGAAUGGCAAAACACAUUGAAGCUAUUUGGUCUUCAUUAAAAGAAGCAAUAUUUACUUCACUUGACAGUGUUUUAUUGUUUACUCCAGAAUCCCUUGAAGGUUCAGAUCUUCCAAAAAAUGAAAUUGCAGCAGAGGCUCUUAGUCUUUUACAGAAGCAUAUUGUGCAGAACACAAAAUUGUUUUUGGAUUUAAUUGUUGGUGACGAAGACAUAAGUAUGAUCUUCAAUACGAUAUCUUAUUAUAAGAAUUACCACGAAAUUCCUUUAGAGAGGAAGCAGAGACUGAAUGCAGUUGGUCGUGUCUUUUUUACUACUGCUAAGGCCUCACAAGUGUCAUGCAAUAGAGUUUUUGAAUGUUUCUUCAGCCAAUUGAUGGAUAUUCUGGGUCUUUCUGCUAGAAACUCAUCUGGACAACCAUAUUUUGAUGAGAGUAUUUUGAUUUCCAAAAGAUGUAAUCACGGAGCUCUCUAUCUUAGCAUUGAGAUCCUUUCAGCAUGCCGAGAUAUGAUUGCUAGUUCUGAAACAAUCCUAGCAGCUACUUCUCAUACAGAAGAAACAUGGAAGCAUUUGCUUCAAAGCUUUUCUCCUGCACUUACUAUGGGCUUCUGUUCUGCCUUCAUUUGCAGUAGUGAAGGUACUCAUGAUGCCGCUACAUACAUUGGAGUAAAGGGGUUGCUGAUUUUGGCUACCUUCCCUGGAGGCUAUUCGCUGAUUUCAAAAACUGUGUUUGAGAAGAUCUUAGUUACAUUUGUAUCCAUUAUUAAUGAGGAGUAUAGCAAGAGACUAUCAUGGAAACUGGCACUUAAAGCACUGGUGGAGAUUGGCUCAUUUAUAGAAAGAUACCAUGAAUCUGAAAAGGAAUCAAGCUAUAUGGACAUUGUUGUUGAAAAAAUUCUUUCAUUGGCUUUUGUGGGAGAUUUUGGCAUACCGUUUCCGCUUAGACUGGAAGCACUCUCAGACAUUGGCACAAGUGGGCGAAGUUAUAUGCUGAAAGUUGUUCAAGGGUUGGAAGAAGCCAUAUAUGCCAAUUUAUAUGAGGUUUAUGUCCAUGGAAGUACAAAUUCAGCAGAAAUUGUUACUCACCUUUUGAAAUGCUAUUCUGAUAAGGUGAUUCCAUGGAUACGUUGUGAAAAGGGUUUUGAAGAAGUUCUAUUGCAAUUUGCUAUUAAUAUUUGGAACCAAAUUGAGAGUAGCAUGCACUUCAAUGCUAGUCAAACCAACAAAAAGGGAGUUCUUGAUGUGAUGAUGAAAGCAAUGAAACUUGCUGUUGCAAAUUGUUCGGAGGAAAAGCAAAACAUAAUUGUGCAAAAGAGUUACAAUAUACUUUCAUCAAGCAUUUCUUUUCCAUUGGAGGAGCUGUUGCUGCAGGAAAGGUUUCAAAUUGCUCAAGAAGUGGAUAAUAGUUCCAGUAGAGAUGAAUGGGUUCUUUCACUUUUUGCUGCAGUGACUAUAGCAGUUCAUCCUCAAACCCACAUUCCGAAUACAAGAUCAAUAGUUUCUCUGUUCAUGACAACCCUUCUCAAGGGUAAUGUUGUAGCAGCCCAAGCAUUGGGCUCUAUGGUUAACAAAUUGGAUCUAAAAUCCACGAGUGGACAAACUUCAAGUGAUUGUACCUUGGAGGAAGCAAUGGAUAUAAUACUAAACUUGAGUUUGUGGAUUUUCGACAAGAAUAGCUCCUCCAGUAUUCAAUCCAAAAUGAUCAGUGUCCAUGAUACAGCUUUAAAUGAUUUAUCUAAUGGUGUUGGAAGUUGUACCUCCCUUCAAAUUCAUGCCAUUUUGGGACUUGCAUGGAUAGGAAAAGGUUUGCUUAUGCGGGGCCAUGAAAAGGUUAAUGACAUUACUAUGAUCUUUUUACAGUGUUUACAGUCAAGUGGAAGAGCAGGUAUAUCUCAUCAGGAAAAGAGUAUCUCGGAGAACAAUUAUAAGCUUGAUUUGCAUAAUUCUGUGAUGAAAACUGCAGCAGAUGCGUUUCAGAUCCUUAUAGGUGACUGUGAACAGUGUUUGAAUCGGGAAUUCCAUGCAAUAAUACGACCUCUAUAUAAGCAACGAUUUUUCUCAGCAAUAAUGCCUGUUUUGCAAUCUCUAGUUAUGAAAUUGGAACCACUCUCAAGGUCUUUUCUAUUUCGGGCUUCUGCACAUGUUAUUAUAGAUACUCCACUAAUUGUUGUCUUAAGUGACACCAAGAAGAUAAUUCCAAUGCUACUGGAUGGUUUAUCGGCAUUAAGCAAUGAUGUUGUGGAUAAAGAAGUUCUUUAUGGUCUUCUACUGGUCAUGUCUGGAAUAUUGAUGGACAAAAAUGGUCAAGAAGCUGUUUCUGAUAGUGCGCAUACAGUUGUCAAUUGUCUCGUUGAUCUUACACGAUACCCUCAUAUGACGCUUGUUCGUGAGACAGCCGUGCAGUGUCUCAUUGCCAUUUCUGGGCUAUCCCAUGCAAGGAUUUAUCCAAUGAGAACGCAGGUACUACAAGCUGUAAUAAAGGCUCUUGAUGAUCCGAAGAGAGCUGUCCGUCGUGAAGCUGUCCGAUGCAGACAAGCAUGGGCAUCAAUUGCAUCAAGAAGUCUCCAUUUCUAAUUCCUUCCAUAGCUUUAGCCAGGUACAGUAAAUAUUUCUCUACAUAUUCUUUAUGAUCAUUUGGCACGGUUAAGAAAAACUGUCUUUGAACUUUUUAACAUUUACAAGACAUUUUUGUAAUUAAUUAAAAAUGUAAAAUUGCUUGUUCAUACCUCAUAUUGUACAAAAUUUAAAUUUAUGUUUUAUGCAUUUAUUAACUGGAUACAGGUAGAUUGGUGGUAUAUUUAUAGCUUGAAAGGCACAGGCCUGUAAUAAAAAUAGUUGUGGCA